AUGGAGCAGUCCGUCAGUGAGCUAACCAACUUGCUCCAGAGAUGGGAAGAUAAAAUAACGACCCCUAACUACAACCCUAUACCGACGUUGAUCAAAUUAUGUGAAUUAUUUGAAGCAGAAUUAAAAAAAUAUCUUGAUAAAGACACAGAUUAUUUUGUUGAUUGCCAUCCAUUUCGAAUAGAUCAUACUUGUGUAUUGGGCCAGAUGUAUAAGAUUCUGUUUUUAAAAGAUUCUUUAAUCAAUAAGUUAGUAAUGGAUUAUUCAAUAAGACACCAUUGGCCAAAACAAACUAAAGAAAACCACAAUUUAAAUGUUGUUGCAUGUAGGCUUAUACUGAACCUCAUACCAGGUUUAGAAACAACUGUUUUUUUUAAAAGUCCUGAAAAUGAUCAAUUUAUUCAAAGGCUAUUCACUUGGGCAGAAAAUACUAAUGAACCAUUACAAACUUAUGCAACGGGAUUAUUGGCAUCUUGUAUGGAGUUGACAUAUAUUGCUGCUAAUUUCAAAGAAGAUAAUAAUAAACUUGUCCCAAUUAUAUUGGAUCGUCUACAUUCAUAUUAUACUCAGUUUUGUAAAGAACAUGAAAUCAAUCAAAGCACACAGCCAUAUCAAAAUGCAAAUUGCGAGCAGCUUAAUGAUAUAAGUGCUCCAUCUUCAAAAAAAAAAAAAGAAGAAAAUGGUAUUUGCGGUGAUCGUAAUUCAUCUUCUAAUAAGUUUAAUGCAUGCUGGUUACAAAUUGAUCAACCUACUUUGACAACAAAGUUAGUUUACUGUCUCAAAUAUUUAGUUCCAACUGGACAAUAUCAAGAGUUCUUGAGCCAUGCCUAUGAGAAAAAUGCACUCAACUUAGUAAUGAAAAUAAUUAAUUCUUCAGAAAAACAAAACAGUUAUUUAACUAGUAGAGCAUUAAAAUACUUGGCUGCUCUUUUAUGCCAUAAAAAAUUUGCAACAGAAUUUAUUGAUUCGCAACAAUUACAAAAAUUACUUCUGAUUCCAAAACAUAAUAUUCUAUCCAAUGGUGUUUCAAUUUGCUUUAAUUCUUUGUCAUAUUGCGAGGAAGCAAUGGAAAGAAUAUGUCUUUUACCUAAACAUGUCCUGGUUGAUCUUGUAAAGUAUGCACUUUGGAUGUUUGAGUGUUUUAAUGAUUAUAGUAGCCAUGCGAUUAUGUUCUUCAGUUAUAGUUUUCAUUUUAAAAUUAUUCUAGAAAUAUUUGAUAACAAUGACGGAUUAUGUAAGCUGUUUAAUGUGGUUAGUACAUUACCUAUUCUUUCAUCUGAAGAUCCAGCAUAUAGUUCAUUAACAGAAGACACUGAACGUUCUGCUAAACAAAUCAUUCACCAUGUCUGUGUUGGUUUUAAAAAUUACUUUGAAGCACAUUUACAUAUAAAAGCUCAGCAAAUACGUAGAGCAAAAAUGAGAGAUUCUGAUCCGUUCAUUUCAUCAACAAUGGUUGAUAAUUUUAUCUCAGAACCUGGUUGUAAAGCCACAAAAAAAUCUCGUUCUGAAGUCCAAGAAGAAAUAGAGCUAUUAUCAAAUGAUGUGUCACUGAAGAACCAUUGGACACCAAUUGAUCAAUUACUUAAAUUGGGUGGCUUAAGCUUAUUAUUUAAAAUAAUCAGUUUGGCCCAAGAAUUGAAUUUUUCCGGAAGGCACAACUGUGAAAUUAUUAAAAAUGCACUUGAAGUACUAAACAUAUGUGCUGUAUUACCAAAAGUUCAAUUGGCAUUAUGUGAAAUACCAUCGCCUAAUGUUCCAGCAGAUAAUCAAAAUGAUACAUCUACAUUAGAAGAAGAUAACCCACAAGCUGAAAAUGGCAAUGUUGUAUUAAAUAUUAUUAUAAGAGCAGCAGCGGGAGAUUUUUUAGAUGCUGAUAUUCAGAAAGCUGCACUUUCUGUCAUUAUAACUUGUGUUUGUGCACCAAUACAUAGGGAAAGUGGAAGUAUAGCAUACUAUUCAUCACAUGAACCAAAUAAAAAACAAACACCUAAGACUUAUGAUGAUGCUGUGGUUGAAAAAGUUUGGGAUUGUUUUAGAAAUCAUAAUGGAAUCAUGGUUUUACUUACUUUAUUGGCUAUCAAAACUCCAAUUUCCGAUGUUGACGCUAUACGAGGAUUAGCAAGUCGUGCAUUAGCUGGAUUGGCUCGCAGUGAAUCAGUUUGCCAAAUUAUGAGCAAAUUGAUUUUAUUUAACAGUGGCCAAAUACAAAGUUUAAUGAAACAUCCUUUAUUGCAAGAAAAACAUCAAGAACAUGUAACAUUUCAAAAAUAUGCAUCAGAGUUAAUAGAAUUAGUUUCAGGGAGCAAAAAAAGUAAUGGAGCUGAAAUAGGAGAAUCACUGGAAGAUAUAAAUCGAGCAAAUAUAGUUGCACACACAAAAAUUAAUUUCGACGAACAACAAUUUCUCCUUUUAAUGUAUCACCAUUUAAUGGCAAAAGGUCAAUCCAAAACUGCAGAAUCAUUAGUACAAGAGGCAAAUCUUAAUAUAGCAGAGAUAAAGUCUACACCUUUUACAUAUAUUUUCCAUUGCCGUAAUCGGUCGAUUGUAGGAGAAGGAUUAUCCCCAAAAAGUUCUAGAUACACGAUUCAGAACCAAAAAUCUGGAAUAGCCAAUUCAUCAAAUGGUUCAUUAGAUGCUAAAUUUAGAACCAGAGGAAUAAGUUCAACUCCAAUACGUUUGAAUGUCAAUAGACGAUCAGAAAAUCAUCCGAAACCGGAGCCAGAACCAGAACUUGAGUCACCUUUGUCUAAAUUAGUUCAUAAAAAAACUGACCAAGAUUUAACAUUACUUACUGAUAGUAAUACUAACUUAAAGGUUAGUUUAGAAUCUAUUGUAACAGAGUACUUUACCAAUCAACAUGCUUCAUGUAAACAUCCUAUGGUUACAUGUCCUCAAUUCAACUUCUUUGUUCCACACAAAUGUCCUGACCCUAAACCAAGGAGGUCAAUAUGUAAAAACUUUGCUAUGCGGUUUUCUAAAAACAUACAUUCUAGAAAACUUAACCAAAAACUAAUACACAGUCGUUUUUGUCAAACCCGCCAAAUUCAAAUGGAUGAUGUAAAUGCAUAUUUUACGUGUUGCGAGUUUUUAAGCCAAAAUCGUGUUGCUAUUGGGACAUCCAAUGGUGGAAUAAAAGUAUUCAAUUUAUUGACUUCUCAAGAAGAACCAUCAUUUGUAGCCCACAGUUCAUAUAUUAUGGACUUACAAUGCAAUAAUGAUAAAAGGUUGUUGUUAUCAUCUGCUUCUUGGGGAAUGCCUUCAGUGUCUGUUUGGUCUAUAUCUGAAGAUGCAAUCAAUAUUAAAUAUUCUUUCAUUUAUGAGGAAUACUGCACUUUUAGCAAUUAUGAUCAAAAUAAAAUACUUGGAACUAAUGGUGGAAUAGCAACAAUAUAUGAUUUAGAAACUAGUAACAAAAUAUUAACACUAGUUCCAACAUAUUCAAAUCUGUAUAGUAGAAAUCGAGCAGUAUUUAAUGCUACAAAUGAAUUAGUGUUAUCAGAUGGUGUAUUAUGGGAUGCCAUCGCUGGAAAAGAAAUCCAUAAGUUUGAUAAAUUAAAUGAAUGUGUGAGUGGAAUUUUCCAUCCAAAUGAACUUGAGAUUAUAUCAAAUAAAGAAGUCUGGGAUAUGCGCACAUUCCAGUUGUUGCGUACAGUGCCAAGUCUUGAUCAAUGUAAUGUGACAUUCUCCAAAUCAGGAGAAGGAAUGUAUUUGUAUGUCGUUAAACACGAAAUUGAAAAUGGUUCUUCUUAUCAAACUACAUUUAAAACUUUAGAUCCUAAUGACUACUCAAAUAUAGCCACUGUUGAUGUUAAAAAAUGUAUAUAUCAUAUGGCUUGCAAUAGUUAUGAUACUCAAAUAGCUAUUGUUGAGAAUCAAGUAAUAUUUGAAAAUAUUGAUGAGUCAAUUGUACAAGUAUAUGAUGUUGGGAGAUCUAGAAACGAAGAUGAAGCUGAUGAAUAAAUUUAUUCUAAAGGUUCAGGGCCAGAAGACGAAAACAUGGCUUUGUUUUCAUUAUAGUUCGAAGAAAUGUCAGCAGGCGUAAUGAAUGAUAAUGUUUCAAACAGUAGCAAUUGCAGCUUUGAGAGUGUUGGUGAAAGUUCUCGUUAAUUUACUGCAUUAUCUGAUUCAAGUAAAAUUCAAGAUGUAGAUGCUUGA